AUGAAAGUGAUCAUUGUCGGAGGUGGUAUUGGUGGCCUCGCGACUGCGAUUGGUUUGCGUCGUGCUGGUCACCAGGUACAGAUAUUUGAACGGUCGUCGUUUCUCCACGAAAUUGGUGCAGCUAUCAAUAUCUGCCCAAAUGCCGCUCGGGUUCUCUCGCAUUGGGGAUUCAAUGUGGAACUAGCGCGCAUGGUGGCCGCACGCCAGUCUAUUGUGGCACUCGGCAGCUCGCUCAAACCAUUGGCGGAAGUGGACUGCUCCAAGUGUGAUGAGAUUUAUGGUGCACCGUGGUUCCUGGCCCAUCGAGUCGACCUGCAUUCGGAGCUACGACGUCUAGCUACCGCCCAGGAGGGACCUGGAUCACCUGCAGAUAUCGUCUUGAACGCAAAGGUCGUUGGAUAUGACGCUUCUGGGGGCUAUGUAACGCUGGCUGAUGGGUCGGUGCACGGCGCGGAUCUCAUUGUCGCAGCGGACGGAAUACAUACGUCCGCGAUCCAUCAUGUUCAUGGCCGCGCAACACCACCCGUUUCUACCGGCUCAGCAGUGUUUCGCUUCCUCCUCUCAACCGAGGACUUGCCAGACGACCCGAGUCUAGAGCCACACUUCGGUGAUGGCCUGAUGAGGGUGAUGGCCGCAGAGGGCGUGAGGCGGCUGGUUUGGUAUCCAUGUGCGAAUAACACGGUGCAAAACUUUGUGGGAAUACACCCCGAUCAACAUAAUGGUCAUGAACAAGAAUCCUGGGAUCGGUCCGCCGAUGUCAAUGAUGUUUUGGCGCAAUACCAUGACUUCCACCCCAGCAUAUUAAACAUUAUCAGAAAAGCCACAAAUAUCAAGCGGUGGCCCCUUCUGUACCGGGAACCCGUACCAACUUGGAGCUGUGACCGUCUAGUUCUCAUUGGGGACGCAGCGCAUCCUAUGCUACCUCACCAAGGCCAAGGUGGUGCCCAGGCUAUCGAGGAUGCAGGUGCAUUGAGUGAGAUCUUCACUCGGUUGCCGGCCAACCCCACGGCAGAUGAGAUCCGCGACCGUCUAGCAGUAUUUGAAAGGGUUCGGAUCAAGCGUGCAUCAGCGAUACAGGUCUGCUCAAAUGUUGGACAGGACGAAGCUUGGAAAAUCCGGGAACACGCACAGAAGUACAUGCCGGAAGGGGUUAAUGUGCCCACGUCGCCAUCAGAGUUUAUGGAACAUAACUUCCGUUACGACGUGCUCAAGGAUAGUCGGCAGCAUCUCGAGGACUUCUUGGAGAAGAAUUAG